AAUAGAGUCACAGCGUCUGUGAAAGUGAUGUUUGUUUUGGUCUUUUGUUUGACUUUUCAAAUGUAAACACAAAUUGUCUGCAAAUCACACAAUGAGUGACCAAAAGGACCAACGCUUGCAAUACCACACUCUGGGAACAGAUGGCGGACCCGAUGGCCGACCACACGAUGAUUACCCGAUAACACCACCGCCUUAUUCACCAUUUCCUGACCAAAACUCAUAUCUGCCGAACCCUCACAACCCGUCCAACGCUCCCAACCCUCUCAUCGUUGCCAACAUUGACUCGAGUGGACACAACAUAUACAGCCAACCGAUGCCCGGCUUCGGCGCCAACUCUGGCCAAUCGUAUCCAACAAAUUACGGCACAAUCGUUCAGACGGUUCCGCAGACCAUCAUAUUUAUCGGCUCGUGUCCGGCCUGUCGGGUUGGAGUACUGGAGGAGGACUUCACGUGUUUGGGAAUACUUCUGGCGCUUCUGUUCUUCCCGUUGGGAAUCCUUUGCUGUUUCGCCUUAAGACAGAGACGUUGUCCUAAUUGUGGCACAACUUUUGAAUGAAGAACUCUAUAAACUGUUACAACUCUUUUAACACUGUUUUUAAUAACAACUUAUAAUAAGUUUAUUUUUCAUUAAUAUUUUACAAUCAAUUUAUGUAUAUUUUAUUGAAAUGAUUUAUAUAUAAUGUAUAACAGAAUACAAUUCAUAGUAUAUUAUAAAAUAUAAAAAUAAAUAUAUAACUAAUUACUAA